AUGAAGAUUGCGGCGGUGGUGGCGAUUUUCUUGGUGUGGACAUCAUGCACCGAACCAUCUUGUUUUGCAAACGGCCAGAGCAGCACGGACGAACCAAUUCCACUCAACUUCGACGCCGUCGAAAGAUUUGUCAUGGCCUCGCCCGUGGCACGCGUACAUCGAUACGACGCCGCGUCGUACGCAGCCAAGGACCCAAACGAAGAUCGAUACGUAGUGCGAGUAGACUUCGACGCAGUGUUCGCGUCCGUCUUGGACGGCCACAGGGGAUGGCAGGUGGCCGAGUACGUGAACCAGCACUUGAUCGACAACGCCGCCGCGCUGCUUGGAAAUGUUUCUUCCAACAACUUCGCCCACAUCAAGUCAUCAUUGUCGAGAGCGUUCGUGGCCACCGACGACGCGCUGCGCGGCCGCCUGCUUCCAACCUUUCAGUUGGGAUUCGGGCUAGUGAAUCGUCCUGGAGCGUGCACAAUGCUGUCGUAUGCAAAAGGAGACACUUUGGUCGUGGCCAACGCCGGCGACGUAAGGGCGGUGCUGGCGUCGAACAAUACCUCGCGGGGGCUGGUGGCAACACCCCUGAGUACCGACCACAACGCUAAGCAUGCGUCCGAGCAAGCUCGGUUGUUCAAAGAACAUCCAAACGAGACCGACGUGGUCGUCUGCCAUUCGCCCGACGCGUGCUACGUCAAAGACGGCUUGCAGCCUACACGCGGGUUGGGCGACUUUGUCUACAAAUAUGAAGAAUUCAACAAGUUUCCUCUCGGUCCCAAGUAUAAAGGCGAUGGUCGCUUCAUCCCGCAGCCAUACACACCGCCGUACAUCCUGGCAGUUCCGGAAAUCCAAGCGGUGGAAAUUGUCGCUGAUUAUGUAUCUCGUGGCGAGCACGAACUAGCCGCCCAGGCAUUGGUCAACCAGGUGAUCAACACGACUGCCAAAAAUGUCAAUGUGGAUUGGAACGACAUUGCCUAUUUGAAACCAGGGAAAGAACGACGUCGUGUGCACGACGACAUAACCGUCGUGGUUCUAUUUUUCCAGCCGUGA